UUUACAUUCUGAAAUGAACAGUAGGUGCCAAGUGGAUCUCAUUGAUUUUCAGACUCAACCUGAUGGAAAGUUUAAAUUUAUCAUGGUCUACCAAGACCACUUGGCCAAGUUUAUUUUGCUUCGUGCUUUGGAAUCUAAACGAGCUGAAGAAGUAGCCUACCAUUUGAAUGAUAUAUUUUUGACAAUAGGUGCCCCGUGUAUUUUGCAGUCAGACAAUGAAAGAGAAUUCGUCAAUCGUAUUAUAUGUGAAAUGACGAGUCUUUGGCCAGAACUUAAGCUAGUGCAUGGAAAACCACGGCACAGCCAAAGUCAGGGCUCUGUCGAGAGAGCCAACCAAGACGUCGAGAACAUGAUCAGUUGUUGGCUAAAAGAUAAUCACUCGACUAAAUGGUCAGAAGGAUUGAGAUAUGUACAAUUUGUGAAAAAUAGGGCCUAUCAUUCGGGCAUAAAACAAUUGCCUUACAAAGCUAUGUUUGGAGUUAAACCCAGAGUUGGUCUUUCAACGACAUCACUACCACCAGAAAUAAUAAAGGAUAUUCAAGAUGAAGAUGACGUUCAAAAACUUAUUGAAACUGAUUUAAACCAUAGACAUACAAAUGAUCACAAUAAUUCAGGAGAUGAUAGUGAUUGUAAUGAUAUCGAAACUUCUAAAAUUGGUGAUGAUAUCCAAAAGGCAAGACAAACAGCCGCUGAAAACCUUCAGAAACAAGCAAAAAAAAUGAAAUCUGCUUCUGACAAAUCGCAUCCACCAGCUAAAGUGGGAGAUAAUGUGACUGUGCCGAUUCCUGAUGUAGACAGAGGAAGGGGCGACCUAAGAAAUGUUAUUGGCGUUGUUCUUGAAAUAAACAAUGAUGGCCUGUACAAAAUUGGAACUAAGCAUGGAAUAUUGCAGACACUCUAUUGCAGAACUGAAUUCGACAUUUGUACUCAAAAAUUUCUACAAGAAAGUGAUGUUAAUCAAGAUGUUCAAAUCUCACUAAGGACUGCAGCUACCAAACAUUCAGUUGGGACAGGACAAGGUUUUAUACGGUGCACCUGUACCAAAAAUUGUGCUACAAAUAGGUGCCAGUGUAAAAAAAAA